AUUUUGAAAGGGAGUGAACGGAAAUUUCUCCUUUUAUUAUGAAAAUAAAUCGGAUAAGGGGUUGGCGCAGGCAGGUUUGUUGCUGUGACCAGAAACGACUUGGGGCGAAACGCAGUGAAUGGUUACUGAAGAACUACGCACAAACAAAACGGUGACAUCCUAUCAGAGCCACCACUGACCCGUUGGUCUGAGAGUGUGUGUGGAGCCACUCAGCAGCGUGCGUGUGAUGUCUUCAGAGCUGCUGGUAGAUCUAGGUGAGGAGCCUGCUGCUGCACAGCUAGGCCAGCUGAAGCUGACCACCAUAGAGGACCAGCAGUGGCCUCCUGAUGAGUCUGGCCUGAGUAAGUCAGAGACAGAUGUGUCCCAGAGGUUUGAUGCUGGCUCCCCCCACCUGCCCUGGGACCACCCCUUCUAUGACAUCGCCAGGCAUCAGAUCAUUGAAGUGGCAGGUGAUGAUAACUUUGGCAGGAAGGUGAUCGUGUUUAAUGCCUGCAGGAUGCCCCCCCAGCACCAGCUGGACCACCACAAGCUGCUGCUGUACCUCAAAGGAACCCUGGACCAGUACGUGGAGAGUGACUACACUGUGAUUUAUUUCCAUCAUGGGCUGACCAGUGAGAACAAACUUCCCCUCGGCUGGUUCGUAGAUGCGUACAGAGAGUUUGACAGGAAGUACAAGAAGAACAUCAAGGCCUUGUAUAUCGUCCAUCCAACCAUGUUCAUCAAGACUCUGCUGUUCCUCUUGAAACCAAUCACCAGUAUUAAAUUUGGCAGGAAGAUCAACUACGUGAGCUACCUGAGUGAGCUAGAGGAUGUGGUGAAGUGUGAUCAGCUGGUGAUUCCUGCCCGCGUCAGAGAGUACGACAACAAGCUGAGAGCGUCUCUGAAACCAACCACCCAGCCUGACUCGUCUCCUCCCCGUAGCCCCCCCCUCCCUAACCAGGUGUUCGGGGUUCCUCUCACUCUGCUGAGAGAGAGGGAUCCAGAUGGAAAUCUGAUUCCAGUAGUGAUGAGAGACACUAUUAGCUUCCUUUCAGAACAUGGUUUGGAGAUCGAAGGAAUCUUCAGACGCUCGGCCAAUGUGACUCUAGUGAAGGAGGUCCAGCUUAGGUACAACUCGGGAGCGGUGGUGAGUUUCAGAGAGAUGGAAGAUGUCCACCUGGCUGCUGUGAUCCUGAAGACGUUCCUGAGGGAACUCCCAGAACCUCUCCUCACGUACCAGCUCUACAACGACAUCAUUAACUUUGCAUCUGUCUCACAGGAGGACCAGGCAGCGGUGAUGAAGGAGCUGGUUGAGUCUCUUCCACAGGAGAACUACGCGUCUCUGCGAUACCUGAUUACGUUCCUGGCUCAGGUGUCGGCCAACAGCGACGUCAACAAGAUGACCAACAGUAACCUGGCUGUAGUGUUUGGGCCCAACCUGCUGUGGGGGCGGGACAAUGCCAUGUCACUCAGCGCUAUAGGGCCAAUCAACAACUUCACCAGAGCCCUGCUUGACCAGCAUCACCUUGUCUUUACCUAACCCCCCCCCCCGCGCCCUGAGACACCUCCCUCUUCUGCAGCAUUUAAACCCAAACCCCACCUGUGGUUCCCACCAGUUAGGACCAAUUCUGACCCAUCCCGGACCAGUGGCUCAUUGUUUAGUUCCCUUUUGUGUUGUGGCGUUGCACCUUGAGGGCUACUUCCUGUCUCCAUGUGACUCCAGGCCUGAGGGCAACGAUCCAUCGGAACAUCAUAGAGCACACAACAAGCAGCGCUUAUUGACUUUACCUCUAGUUGUUAAAGCUAUAAUCACACCUUCCUGUCCGUCUGAAGAUCUCUGGCCCCGUGUCCUGUAGACACACGAUGGUACAACCCCCUCCCAGUUGUUUUAUCUGUGCCCCCCGCAUGAAUCUGAGGAGUUUGAGGUUAGUGACAGACUCAGGGAGGAGUCGAUACUGAACUUGUGAGGACAAUCUGAGUCCAGUCGUUCUGCGUGCUGAUCCCAAAGCAGUGCUGGUCUGACUGGAGUCAAACAGACGUCGUGUCUCUCUUAGACCAUUCCAUCCCUUUGACUCAACCAUUCCAUCUGGACGGAAGAUUGGAUCAGCAGAAAACCUUCAUGGUGUCAGUGGUCCUGGUCCAGUUCUGCUGUUCUCUCAGUUUUCAGUCUUCCGGUCCAGCUUCGUCUCCAUGAGCGUAGAAGACCAGAUUCUUCAGAUUCCUAAAGCAUUGAUCGUAGACCUGUGUGGGAUCCUUUGAAGUAGGUCUCUAUGGGAAACAAAAACCUAACCUUCCCUCGGUCAAACUUUGAACAGCCUAAGUUUGGAGAAACAAGGAUUAAAGUGAGCUAACUGCUAGUUUAACUGGAUCCAGUUACAUAGUGGAUCACUCAUCUCAGACAUAUCCUAGCUGUUUAUGCUAGCUGUUGGCUAACCUUUUACCCACCAUAUUUGGUCAUUUCUGAAGAAUCCUUAAGUGAGAAAACAUGUUUCUAGUGCUGACCUCUAGUUAGUUUAAGUUAGCCUUCAGGUGAACAUCUGUCUACUAGCUUCUUUGUGACUAACCAUUAGCAUAUUGAUCCAGUCUUUCUCCAAACUGAGGUUGUUAAAACCACAUAAACCUUCUUCUAUAGGUCAUUUAAAGCCGACUCCCUGCUCCCUCACACCUGACGGUGUUUGUCUUUGUUUACUGGUUUUUAUCUCCACCAGCUGCCACCUGGAACCCCCCCCACCCUCAGUGGUUGUGUUCCAUCCCUCGCUGAGCUCACAAUGUUUUUUUGUUUUGAUGCCUUCACAUUCAGCCACUAGUGGAGCUGGUCCAAGUUGUACCAUGGUUCUGACUCUCCGACGCCAGAGCUGGGUGUUUCGUUUUACCGCCGUGUUUAAAGUUCAGGUCGUGUUGUUUGGAGUGGCUUUGUGUGGAAUGGUUACGAGUACUAGACUAGACAGCAAAUGCAGUCGACUAACUCGUAGAUACUUACUCCGCUGGCUGUUAUGAUCGGAUCGAUGAGCUAACGACCAGUCUGAGUGGGGCCAACGCUAAUAAGUUACAAAGUUAAUUUAGAACAUUUACACAAAGCGUCACGUUAGAGUGGUUUCAUUAGAAUGAUUCAUUUGUUUGAGGCAGAAGUGAGCUGAGGGGCUAGCUAUUGUAGCACUUAGGGAUCACCGUGAAAUGUGACGUGUGAUCAUCAGGAGCUAUAAGGAAACGUGUAAGAGCGGAGUUGUUAUGUGUGAAAGUGUUAGCGUGUCUGUGUAACUCAUCUCUAGUUCUCCACGCUGAGGCCGUUUCCACAGAAGCCCCUCCACAGACCAGAACCAUGACUCAUACUGGUCCCCACCUGUGACUCAGGUGAGCUAACCUGAUGCUGAGACCCACGGUUGACUUGGUACCAUUAAGCAACAUCCGUGUCACUACACUAUUUAACACUAGAGCUUCUUAAUCCAGCACCGUGUUGGACUGAUUCUUUUUAUUUAUUACUAUUAAUAAUCUCUCCUCAGCUGGAUCUCCGUCUUCUUCUUGUGGACCACCAAUGUUUUAUUUUUUUAACUUUCUGUCAUUGAUCCAAAGCAUCCGAGGUGUGCUUCAUAAAUGAGUUUGUGACCCUGAUGAUGAUUAUCCCUGCUGUAGUCAUCUGUCCCCAAAACAUUAGCCAGAAAUCCACAUUUGUCUUGUAAUUUUUCGAUAUUGGCUAAAAUAUUGUCUGAAAAGCACCAAAAUAUGAAAUUUAGUUUGUUCGGAAGCUAAAAGCCAAAAGAAAGCGAUGAAAGGGUAAUUUGUGUUUAACAGUCACAGCGACUGCCCCGCUUCAUGGUUAUGUGUAGAUGUUUGUGAGAAAAUGCAGCGAACCCGACAGAUUUAAACAAACCAGUGGCUCUCCAGGCUGUCCAAUUAAAGAAUAAUAAUAAUAAACAGGGUUCCUGAGGUCUGUGUGUAAUUACCUGGUGACUCCAGUAUGGUGGUUAGUAACAUGAUCAUUAUUAGCUCUGACUCGUUGGGCUGAACGGUUGUGUCCUAAAGGGAUAGUUCAGCCAUUUUGAUACUUCUGUGUAAACACUGUUGUAAUUGACUUCCUGAAUGGCCUUUGUUUGGAGAAAUGGUGAAAUGGCUGGUUUCAUCGACAAACCCACUUUAUUAAAAUGGAGGUCUGUGUGAAGCUAACCAGCAGCUACAUGUAGCACUUCCUGUUCAUCCAGAGGAAAUUAUUAUUCAUAUUUCUGCUGGAGGAACCGGUUUGCACGAUAACGUAGCCUGAUCUGUUGGGAAGCAUAGAGCUAGGUGGGUUCAACACACAAGGAGAGAAAUAUUUUUGCUUUCCUCGGUUCUGUCAUUCACACGUAUUCCCGUAGAGUUCUACAGUUAUAUCCAGAAGCUCUGCAACUGGUCAGCAUUUCAUCUGUCAGCGUGAUCGUGUUUAUGGUUAAACUAGCAGUUAGCUUACCAAUCCAGUCGGAACAAAUCUCUGUUCAUCUAAACCGAGGCUUUUCCAAGAUCUGUCGAUGACACGCAACAUGUUUCCACGUAAAUCCUGUCACAAGAACUGUCCUCUUGAGGCAGACUGGUUUCUCAGACCCAUCUUAAAUAUCACAAAGACCCUAAAAGCAAAGAGUCCGUUUUAAUAGCUGAUAAAUGAGUAAAUAUAGACGAUAUAAGUUCUGAACAGUCCAUGUGUGCGUUUAUGUGCCGGUGCCUUAUUUGUGUCCUCUAAGUGAUCGUGUGAUUAGCCAUCCAAGUGCCAGUGUGACCAUAGAUUAGAGAAAACACAAGGUUGUGCUGUCCGUGUUGACCUGUUAGCGGGUUAGCUCCUGAACCACGCUAACGACCACAGCUCGUGUGUGAUCAGUGAUCAUAGGACUGAGAAUUUCAUUCUUAACGAUUAAAAAAAAAUCAGGUCAUGAAAAAACAUUUCUGGCCUAAAAUAAGAAAAUUUUAAUAACGUUUGAAUAAAUGAAUUUUUCUCGGUUCUAAUCUAUGGAUCGUUGUACUGUAAUUGUUGUCAUGGUGACUUGAAAAUGCAUCCACAAGAAACACAAAAACUAGGUUUGACUUCAGGCAUCCAUGCUGAUUUCUUGAUGCCCAGUGAUCCUACUUUUUUAUUCUGUAUUUGGUAUGUUGUACUGUGUAUCUCAGUCAUGUAUGAUAUUAUGGUAUGCUGUAAAAUCCAUAUGAUCAAUAAAUAAAUGUUUAACAUUCA